GUUUCAAUGAGGCUGGCUGUGUCUGGUAUUCUGGAGAGAGGUUACCCAAGGUUCAGUCACUGCAGCAGGGGCUGGUCUAUACUUGUACAGAUAUUAAACAAGUGAAUCUCAAGCCAAAGUUUUUAAAGCAUAUUGUUUAAUUUGAGAUAAACGGAAAAUGAAGCAAAAGAGAAAAUGUCUGCGGAAAAAAGAUCUGCAAGAGCAGCAACACACAUCUGUAAUUAGUAUGAAAGCAAAGUCAGACUCGUGUAAAGAAGGACAUUUGAGAGAUUCCAACUUUGCUGCAGGUGAUAAAGUUAUCCCACAAACAUUAUACAAACCAUUCCGUUGCUCUGAAUGUGGGAAAUGCUUCAAACAUAACUCCCUGCUUGUCAGACACAUGAAGAUUCACACGGGAGAGAAGCCAUUUUCUUGUCCUGAGUGCGGUAAAUUUUUUAGUCAGAAAGCACAUCUUUCGGGUCACCAAAAGAGUCACACCACUGGAAAUACUUUUUCUUGCACAGAAUGUGGGAAAUGUUUUGAUAAAAUCUCAAGUCUUGCUGUGCAUCAGAGGAUUCACACCGGCGAGAAGAUGCAUUCAUGCCCCGAAUGCGGAAAAUGUUUCAAUCGAAAGCCAGAACUUGUCAAACAUCAGAGAAUCCACACGGGAGAAAAACCCUAUGUUUGUUCUGAAUGUGGGAAAUGUUUUCGGGACGGCUCACACCUUUGGAGACAUAAGAGAAUUCACACAGGACAAAACCCGUACCAAUGUUCAGAAUGUAGUAAAUCAUUUAAUCAGAAAUCUCAUCUUUCUAGACAUCAACUCAUUCACACAGACGAGAAGCCAUUUUCUUGCGCCGAAUGUGGAAAAAGUUUUAACCACAAAACAAGUCUAAAUACACAUCCAUGUAUUCACACUAAAGUACUUUUUCAUUGUUCCGAAUGUGGAAAGGGUUUUACUCAGAAGUCAGCUCUUACUUCACAUCUAAGAAUCCACACAGGAGAGAAGCCAUAUUGUUGUUCUGAAUGUGGGAAAUGUUUUGCUCAGAUGUCAUCACUUUAUGUACAUCUAAAGGUCCAUAAAAAAAACAUUUAUGAAGUGGUCUGGGUGCCAUGUGUCCCCAGUGUUAACCCCGGAGGUGGAAACAUUGCCGCUCUACAGGAACGACCUCAGGAUAAUGAAAAUAUGAACAGGAAUCAGAUUACUGAGAAGAUCCUGAAUCUCACUCUGGAGAUCAUCUCUUUACUAACAGGAGAGAAUAAUUUAAUUGUAAAAAUAUCUGAUAAGAGUGUCAAGUACAGCAGCAAUCUCCACGUGUCGGAAGAAUCCUGCAGGACCCAGAGCCCCAGCACGGUGCUUCCACCUGACUCACUGAUACAGGAAGGAAACAAUGAGAAGAAGAUCCUGGAACUGACCAAUCAGAUCAUCCAGCUGCUGACUGGAGAGGUUCCUAUAAGGUGUGAGGACAUCGCUGUCUAUUUCUCCACGGAGGAGUGGGAGUAUUUAGAAGGACAGAAGAAUCUCUUCAAGGACGUGAUGAUGGAGAACGACCAGACUCUCGGCUCACUGGUAGGUGGAAAAAUGGGAAGAUGUUCUUAUCCAAGAUCUUAUAUUCCUGUUUGUUCUCCAGAUUGUGUGAGCGAGGAUGAAGAGAACAGUACAUCGAGUCCUGGAACUAAAUGUACGAAAAAGAGUCAAACUGUGGGGUACAUUGAUGAGAAAUCUGCCUCGUUGAAAGAAGAAAAUAUGACAAACACUGAUAUUUUUACCCACACAGAAGAUGCAAUGACUGAACAUACAUCCAUUCAUAUUAAGGAGGAACUAUCUAUACAUGAUAACGGAAACCUCACAGUCAAUGGUAUUUAUAUACCCACGGAUGAUGGGCCAACAGAGUAUGUAUCUACUACUAUUAAGGAGGAACUGUCUUUACAUGAUAACGGAAACCUCACAGUCAAUGGUAUUUAUAUACCCACGGAUGAUGGGCCAACAGAGUAUGUAUCUACUACUAUUAAGGAGGAACUGUCUUUACGUGAUAACGGAAACCUCACAGUCAAUGGUAUUUAUAUACCCACGGAUGAUGGGCCAACAGAGUAUAUAUCUACUACUAUUAAGGAGGAGUUCUCUCCGUAUAGUGAAGAAAAUAUUGAAGACCUUUAUGAACAGGGAGAGCAUAUUGACUGUGUUAUUGAGAAAUCGUCUCUUCUUGAAGAUGAAAAUGUGUUGUCCACUGGACUUAAUACACUUACUGAUCAUUCAUCACAACCAGAAUAUACAUUCAACCACAGGAGAGAUUUGUCAGCUAUACAUGGAGAAGAUUGUCUCAAGAAUACAAAACUAUACUCGUGUUCUGAAUGUAACAAGUGUUUUACUCGUAGUGCAAACCUUGCAGUUCAUUGGAGGACUCACACAGGAGAAAGGCCCUAUUCAUGUUCUAGAUGUGGGAAAGGGUUUAGGCAUAGACCACAUCUAAUUAUACAUGAGAGAAUUCACACAGGAGAGAAACCAUUCUCAUGUUCUGAAUGUGGAAAAUGUUUUAUUGAUAGAUCACGCCUUUUUAGACAUCGGAUGAUCCACACUGGAGAAAAGCCUUAUUCUUGUUCUCUGUGUGGGAAAGGAUUUAUCCACAAACCACAUCUUGCUAUACAUGAGAGAAUUCACACAGGAGAUAAACCAUACUCCUGUGCAGAAUGUGGAAAAUGUUAUAGCGAUAAGUCAAAUCUUUUUAGGCAUCAAAAGACGCAUGCUAAACAAUGUAAUGGACAGUUGUCUUGAACACUGCUAUAUGUCUGAAUAAGAGUGUCCACAAUAUUUUUGUUUUAUUUUUUUAAAUUUUAUUCAGGGAAUGUUAAUUAAUACCUUGUUGCUAUAUUUUUAUGCGUUUAUAUAGAUAAUGUAUUAAAAAUUUCAGCAAAAAAGUUACUC